UCAAAUGAAAAAACAACCCCUGGCAGUUCUCGCUUCACUUGUAAUAGUGGCAAAAUCACGGCUCAAGCGCAGCUACCUCAGUAAAUCAUGUUUAAAAGGAAGACAGCCAUUUGACCAGUUCUCAUUUAAAAAAAUGUGGCAAAUAGUUGCGGACGAAAAUACCCUACAACCGUUCUAUUGCUGGUUUUCAGUGUCACGCCAUUCAAAAUAGAUCAAAAUAAAAAUCUAAACCGUUCAACGGAUAAAGUCCAGAAUCUGGGAAGGGCGUGUGCGAGUGUGCGGGAUUAUCGUAUAUAACGUUAGUAUGACUUAAUAGGUACCAGGCCUUGCAGAGAACCGUCCAUCAGUGUUGCGCGGCGACAUAAUCUAUGCUUACGAGCAUGGUAUACGUCAACAACGUUAUGAAGGGAUUGUACAUAAAGUUCAGUUGCUGAAUGUGAAACUUGGCUUUGACAUAAAAAAAAUGCCAUACGUGAGAGGGAAGAAGUUCGACAUCCAGUUCACUUAUAAUCGGCUCACAGUGAAAAUGGAACACCGUGCAUGUGAGCGGAUUGCAUCAGUGACCAGGCCGGAAAUGCGACAAGUUCUUUUCCCUCAACAAGAGAGUCUGGUUCAAAGAGGAGAGAUUGACAGCCAAAUCAGAUCUUUCUACGAUCGUAAUCUGAACGGUGAACAGCAGCAGGCAGUACAGAAGAUUUUGUCAGGGUCGUCACGCCCUGCUCCGUACCUGGUGUUUGGGCCUCCUGGAACAGGAAAGACUGUUACCUUGGUAGAAGCUAUCAAACAGGUGCACAACCAGAUCGAUUCAAGCUUUAUUCUUGCGUGUGCGCCUGAAAACAGUGCCGCUGACCUGUUGGCGGAACGUUUGCUGGCUCACAUCGAUAAAGGCAAGAUAUUCAGGAUGUAUGCUGCAUCCAGACCUUGGGACUUUGUGCCACAACCUCUCAAGGACGCGCGAGUAGUGAAUUUUGAUCCCGUGUGGCAUGAAAUAUUCUACCCGUCCAAAGAGGACUUGAUGAGCAAGUAUCGUAUAAUUGUCACCACUCUGGUCACCGCAGGAAGGUUGGUCUCGGCGAAGUUUCCUCGCAAUCAUUUCAGCCACAUUUUCAUAGACGAGGCAGGGCAUGCAACAGAACCCGAGUGUAUCAUCCCUGUAGCGGAUCUCCUGGACCCUAAUCAUCCAAGGGGCGGUCAGCUGGUACUCGCUGGAGACCCCAAGCAGUUGGGACCGAUUCUCAGGUCACGAACCACACGGGAAUAUGGUCUCGAAACAUCACUUUUGGAACGACUGAUGACGUCAUGCAACACAUACUCACGUGAUCCCCGCGGGAGUUACGACUCUGAUCUGCUGACGAAACUUGUGAACAACUAUCGCUCACAUAAGAACAUCAUUGAGAUUCCCAAUGAGCUGUUUUAUGACAACGAAUUGAAAGAAUGUGCUGGAGAUUUUAGGUGAGAUUAUUAAAAUAAAAUGCCUAUAGUCUCAGUCAGGGAAAAGCUCUUUCCGUUAAACAUGUCUGGUAGAUUGACCGACUAAGUGAAUGACUGGCGGACGGAUGGACUGACCGACUAACGGACGGACGGACUGUGAUUGAUUGAUGUAGUGUUAUUAAAUAACCCGUCAAACUUUUAACAAUCGAUAUGGAUGAAUAUGCAGUCUUACCCGGGCUCCAAAGCAAAGGUAGGCUCACUCGACUGUACUACAUCCAAAAUAAGAACUGGUGUCUUUUGAAAGUGGCAAGGAAAA